UAGCUGUCGACGACCCCCACUGCGCAUGCGCGGCGCUGUGCGUUGCCUAGCGACAGCUGUUGGGCGCCUCUGGGCUUCACAAAUGAAUUCAGACAAAGGGCGACACGGAGUGCUGAGGUGCAGUGAGGAGGAGGAUGAGGAGGACAAUGAUGAGGAGGAGGAGGAGGAAACGGCAGCCAUCGCUCAACCGAGAGACGAGGGUUACUGCGAAUGGCGACUGGCCAGAGAAGACGGUGUUGAUUUUUCCACAAGAAACGACGAGCUACUCAUAGACUUGCAACAGCGGAACAGGCUGCUGAGAAAGCUGCGAGUCAAGGACCCGCGACAAAUUGAGUUGGAGAGGCUCGAGCAAGGGUUCUCCAUUUACCUCAACGGGGCCAACGCGGACGGCAAACGGGUGACGCGGAAGGUCCAGCUCCCUCCCAGAAACGUCUGGACAGCAGGUCCCUCAAGGCAGGACGGUGACGUGACGGAGGGGAAGACGGGCAGGUCUCGCACUGCUCCCGGCAAAUGUCAACGCAAAGGAUGGCAGCAGAGUUCCGUUCAACUCAAGACGGAUGGGGGACAAUGGGUGAGAGUGGCUGGUCCAGUAGAAUACUCGGAGGACUUUGACCUGGAUGCUGACACUACACUGGAUGCAGAGGAAGCGGCUGUCAAAGAUAGCCGAGAUAACGAGACGGAGUCAGAUGCCUCAGGAGAAAAACACAAUGGGGCGAGGAAAUGCGAGCCACAAAAUAAGCUCCUGCUUACUCUGACGGACGUCAAGGCUCUGCGCAAAAGUUUGAAAUUCAGCCUGAGCACAAGCAUCUCCAGCAACAAACCCAAGGAGGGAGUCACUGCCAUGGACUCGGACAAGAAUUCUUCAGAGGACUCCAUAGAGGAAGACCUCGACGGUGGCAGCUCAACGGGGAGUCCCGGGGAGCCGCAGGCUGCGACGGCGCUUGGCCGGCCCUCUCAUCACAAGGGCACAGCGGACAAACCGUCGGCGGCAGCUGGCGUUGGCUCUGGGGAGCUCAUUGUGCUGGAGUUUGCGCCAGCUGGGGCUCGGAGGGAACGGCUGCUCUCUGCCAAGAGGAAAGCCGACGCUGACUCCGUGGUGCCCACCAAGGCGAUGUUGGCGCGGAGUGGUCCAACCGUCCGUGCGGGUACUGUCAUCCCGGCCUCCGUGGCCCAAGACGGGCGGAACGUCGUCCUUCAGAGCGGUUCAUCAAAGGGAGUGGAGCAGCCCCUUUCAGCAAGCAGGCGUGGGGUCUCCCAGGAGGCGGACCCCACCAGCAGGGCCCAGGCUGUGGUUCAAGCUGUGCGGACAGAAAACCAAUCUCUCAUGACCUCUACUCCCACAGAAAAAUCUGUGCAGGCUAAUAAUUCACCCUCUGAAAACGACAGUGUCAGUAAGGCCGUGGAAAAAAUUCAGCAAAUGGAUCUAUGGCAGCAGAAAAAGCUGCUGAAAGCCCUUGGCAAGCUUGAGCUCUCAGCCUCAGCACCAUCAAACGAUGUCAGAACCCCGGUGAGCGAUGCCAGCGGUUCGGCGAGCCCGCACAUGUCGGCCUUACAAGUGGACCCGGAGCGCCCGGGAGCGUCCAAGGCACAUGGAGAAAGUAGCGGCACUGGAACCACUGGGCAAGGAGCACGAGAAAAAACUUGCGGCGCAAGCCAAAAUUCUCAGCAGCGGUCGAGAAAAGCCUCCAUCUCGGAUGAGGAGAUGUCCAUGAAAGAUCAGUUGGAGAAGGCCACCGGGAGGAGGAUUGCUAGUUCUGAGGAACCCCAACAAGUGCCCGCCUGGCUGGAGGGAGCGGACAGACGGGAGAGAACGAAGAAAAAGAAGAUGUUGUCAAAGAGCAAAUGGAAGCCACCCUGGCUGGAAGGCGACGUUGACUUACGCGGAGGUUCCAGCGACGAGAAUCGGAACAAGGCUACAGCCUCCACGUCGCGUGUAGGAGAGGCAGUGCGAUCUGCUCGGUCGAUCCACAGCUCCAGCAGCAGCGGGGAGGAGCGCGGCACCCGGGAUGCUCUUUGCGGGGAUGAGUGCAGCAGGGGAGAUAUCGACUUGGUCUCAUUCCUGGACGCAGGGCCCCGGAGGGCAAACAGGCCCUUGAGUGGACGUCGGAGCGCGCUGCAAACGACCAAGUGCACCGAGGCGCCCAUGUUCUCAGAGCGGAGCGGCGGUGCAGAGCGGGACAGCGGUGGGGACACGCGAGCGCGGUGGGCUCGGGAGCAGGACCGCUCGCUCCUCGAGUCUUGGAACUCGCUACUCAAGUUUGACCGCACGCAGAAGGGCCGCUUGCCCAGCCUGGACCUGCCCGACAUGGAGGCGGCUGGGCCCGCGUCGCAACGCUCCGCCCGCCUCGCAGAGGGCUCCUCGUUCGUCGACUUGGACGAGCGCGAGGGCCCCGAGUGCCACGCGCUUGCUGCGGGGCCACCCGCCGUCUCCCAGCUGCCCUGCUGCGACACGGCCGAGCCCUUCGAGAUCCCCGAGCUGCCCUACGGGCGGCGCCUCGUCAUCAACAUCCGCUCCACGUGGGGCGACGGCCACUACGUGGGCCUCAACGGCCUGGAGGUGUUCACGAGCACGGGGGCGCCGGCCAAGGUGGCGCGCAUAUGGGCCGAGCCGGCCGACGUCAACGUGCUGCCGGGUUACGGCAACGAUCCGCGGGUUGUCUCAAACCUCCUCGACAACGUGAACCGGUCGCGUGACGACGCUCACAUGUGGCUGGCGCCAUUCACGGUGGGUGGCGACCACCUGGUGACGCUGGAGCUGGCCGAGCCGUGCCACCUGGCCAUGCUGCGCGUGUGGAACUACAACAAGUCGCGCGUGCACGUCUCGCGCGGGGCGAGACACCUGCACAUCGCGCUCGAUGGCCGCGAGGUCUUCCGGGGAGAGAUCGCGCGCGCGUCCGGAACGCUGAUGCGAGACCUGGAGCAGUUUGGCGACACCAUCCUCUUCACAAUGGACGACAGCAUCCUGGAGGCGAUGGCGGCUCACGACGUCACCUUCACAGCCGCGUCGCCCGAUGCGAACGGCCCGGCCACCGGCGUGAGUGGCGAAGGUCCCGGCGAGGAGGCCGAGAGGCCCCGAACGGCGCACGUGGACAGCCCCGAGGACGUUCCCGACUCCCCCUGCGUGCCCAACCCCUCCGUCGAACGGCCCACGACCCGGGCUGGACGUGGGCCCAACACCGGCCAGAAGGCAGCCUCUGACGAGACAUCUACUCGGCUUUGUGGACAAUACGUGGGGAAAUGUCUGAAGCUGAGCUUCUCGGCAACGUGGGGCGACCCGCACUACCUGGGCCUCACGGGGCUGGAGGUGAUGGGGCCGGACGGGGUGACUAUCCCACUCCAGCUGGCCAUGCUCGAUGCCAAGCCGCGCGACCUCAACGACCUGCCCGAGUACACGGACGACAACCGCACCCUCGACAAGCUGAUCGACGGCGUGAACGUGACGACCAGCGACGAGCACAUGUGGCUUAUCCCGUUCGCGGUGGGGGAGAGCCACACGCUGACCGUCACGCUGCCGAUGACCCAGCCCCUCGCCGGCCUGCGGCUGUGGAACUACAACAAGUCGGCCGAGGACACGUACAGGGGGGCCAAGACUGUACACGUGACCGUGGAUGGGAAGGCAGUGUCUCCUCCGGAAGGCUUUCUCGUUCGCAAAGGGCCUGGGAACUGCCAUUUUGACUUCAUGCAAGAGGUCCUGUUUGCUGAUGUGGCUCGCAGGCAUGGGGACGGCAAGUCAGGGGUGCUCAAGAACAGACACAAAGAUCAACGGGCUGCUGUUAUGGAGAGAGCAAGCAUGGACUAUGAGGCCCCGCUGAUGCCCUGUGGCUUUCUCUUUCAGUUCCAGCUGCUGUCAAGCUGGGGCGACCCCUACUACAUCGGCCUCAACAGCCUCCAAUUCUACAAUGAGGAGGGCGACCCGAUCGCCCUGACACCCAAGAACAUCGCGGCGUAUCCCGACAGUGUGAACGUGUUGGACAGAGUGAGUGGGGAUGUGCGCACGCCAGACAAGCUGGUGGACGGCGUGACGGAUGGCGGCGAUGGCCGGCAAGCGUGGCUAGCUCCUGUGCUUCCCGGCCUGGUCAACCGUGUGUACGUGAUGUUCGACUGCCCUACGACCGUCUCAAUGAUUAAGUUGUGGAACUACAGCAAGACGCCACAGAGGGGCGUUAAGGAGUUUGGGCUGCUCGUGGAUGACCUGCUCGUGUACAACGGCGUGCUGGACGCCGUGAGCCAGGCAGCGCGUGGAAUCCUGCCCACCUGCACCGGCCCCACGCCGUACCACACCAUCCUCUUCACGGACAGCGCAGACGUCCUGCGACGGGAGCGACACACCGUGCUGCGGAACCGUGCGGAAGAGCAAGAGGUAAGCCUCCUCAACGACAACCGCAUCCUGCAGAGCAGCAAGAAGACGUCGUCGGUGGAUCAGGCUCUCCGCCCCAAGACUUGCCUCAUCGAGAGGAAGGUGGCGGGGAGGAAGCAGAGAUGACUUGUCACGUCCGUUGCAAUGUUUUCACCGCAUGGCACAACUUCUAAUAAAUUACACACAUCCAGCGGUGUGGAGUAUCACAAACACCCACGCCCUCGUGCCACAUCAUGCAUGUAUUUGUGUUUACCAACAAGCACAGCGUGCAUAGUGUAAGAACUUGUGACCAGAUUCACACCUUUAUGAAACAGCGGAAACGCAUCCCUUUGGUGAUUUUCGCAGCCGCUAUGUGUUAGAUAUAUUGGCAUGUUUUCCAGUAAUUGGACAAGAAUAUAAUUUAAUCAGGCCGUUAGUAUGCACACGGAUGGCGACUAUUGCCGUGCGUGAUACCUCAGAAUGUGAGGACUGGGCUUUGAAAAACCUCGGUUUAAGUGCAUUGAAACCUGCCAAAUUGAACAGAUGGCUCAUUACUCUCAACCAUGUUUUUUUGUUUUGUUCGCAGAACUCUAGAUUAGGGAGUAGUUUAAAGUUGAAUUCUCAAACUUGAUUUGCUUUUUGCAAAGUGUAGAAUGGGAGAGAAUUGUGCACGUGGUCUUGAUUGUAUUGUACCAGCUUUGUACAAUCUAAAACGAGCUGCGGAUUGCACUAAUCCUGCUGUAAAUAUGUCUUGUAAAUAAAAGCAUCUCGCACAU